AUUGGCUGAGAAAACGAUGUGAUACGAAGCCUCGACGGAAACUGUCUAAGUUUACAAACGCUUUGGAGCCAAGGAAAUAUCUUAAUUAGCUUAAUGUUCAGAAAAGAAAAACACCCUAGCGAUAAGUGGAGAUGAACCGAAUGUUACAACUAUCUUGUUUCCUGUUUUUCUGAAGAAAAAAAAAAACAUACAACCGCAAAAGAGAGAUGACAAACCUAAGAUCACACGACAUCUUAUUUUGAAGUUUGGUUUGUUCAGGUGAAACGCUGCUGCUCAUUAGGCCAGGGGGACCACACGUGGGCGACCAUGCUGGGGCAGUGUGCGCACUUGCAGCCGGUGCCCAUCCAGAGCCUCUCGGAGCUGGAACGAGCCAGGUUACAGGAAAUGGCUUUGUACCACCUGGAGGAGAGGGACCUGGAUUUCAAGAUCAGCAUCCCAAAAGAAAUACAUAAACGGAGAAAAUCUCUGCGCAGGAAGUUUGACUCCUUUUCAAAGGAAAAAAGAGAACGAGAAUCAGCACCCAAAGCUUUUGGCAUCUCCCUCUCCCAAGUCAUCGCCAACGACCGGACCUACAAGCGGCUGCAGGACGCCCUGAAGGAGAGCAGGCGUGACUGUCUGGACCUGGAGGCCAGCAUCCUGCACUUCCGGGCUGAGAAGCGGCAGUUCUUCAUUGGGAACAAGCCGUUGGUCAUCUCCUCAUCUAUCACAAGAGCAGAUCCAAGCCUGCCGUCUGCAAACUCGGUGGCACCAGCGCCCAUUUGCGAGCCCCAGAACAAACCACUGUCGCCCACAUUUCUAGAUAACACUGGCCGAGGACAGAGAAGGGGUGGUUUGUCAGUCGACUGCAUCUCCGACCUCGUGGAGAGUCAGUCUCGUCUGCUGGAGGCGCUGCAGCUCUCCCACCCAGCUGAGCUGGAGAUAAAGAAGUCACCAGGCGGCAACUCAUCUGAGGGCAGGACUCAAACCAAGCUCAGCCUCAAUCCCAUCUACAGACAGGUGCCCCGGGUGCUGGAGAGGUGCUGCAGCCACAUCGAGAGCCACGGUCUUCAGACUGUCGGCAUUUUUCGCGUCGGGAGCUCUAAGAAAAGAGUGAGACAGCUGCGGGAGGACUUUGACAUGGGGGUGGACGUCCAGCUGGAUGAGGAGCACAGUGUCCAUGACGUGGCAGCGCUGCUCAAAGAGUUUCUGAGGGACAUGCCGGAUCCUCUGCUGCCCAGAGAGCUCUACCCUGCCUUCCUGCAUGCCAACUUGCUGAGAGGAGCGGACCAGCUUCAGUACCUGCAGCACCUCCUCUACCUGCUCCCUCCCUGUAACUGUGACACCCUGCUGCGACUCCUCACCCUGCUACACACCGUGCAGGGCUUCGCCCAAGACAGCGUAGGGACCAAUGAUGAGGAGAUCCCAGGGAACAAGAUGACCGCUGCCAACCUGGCGGUGAUCUUCGGGCCCAACCUGCUGCAAAAGGAGCGAGGAGGUGAUGUGAGUCCUCACGCGAUGGGGAUUGAAGACAGCACGGCCAUCAUCAAUGUAACCCUGGUGCUCAUACAGAACUACAAGAAGCUGUUCACGGUAUCUGCAGACCUGCAGCAGGAGGUCCUGAUGAGUCUCAUCCAGACUGAUCCAGAUGUCAUUGACUAUCUGCUACGUAGGAAACUCGGCGGCAGUCACCUGACAGUGGAGAGCAGCAGUGAGCCGGGGGGUCGUCGGGAUACAGGGACGUCUCUGAACUCUGUGGGUGCCUCAAGUGGGAGUCUAUCCCCACUAGAGCCCCCUUCAACUCUCUUCCCAGCCGAUGGUAGUGGCAGUGAGGGCAGCCUGACUAGUGAAGUGUUCCUCAGCAUGCUCAAACUGAGCCAGAACCGCAAGCGACAGGAGACAGGAUAUGGUGAGGCCCCUCCAGAUAAAUCCAUUCACCGCACGCGUCUGUUCCACUCCCACCAUAACCUGCUCAGCCUGGCCCAGCCCUCUACGUCUUCGUGCUCCGCCUCCAGGUUCCACGGUCAGGACCCUGACACGAAGGACCGCAGGGGCCCACUGUGUUCUGUGUUCUCUCUGGCCAGCAGUGGCAGCUGCUCCAGUCUGAGCGGGUUGAGCGAUAGCAACAUCUGGGUGAGACAGACGCCGCAGGAGGAGAGCAAGCCGUCACCUGCCGCUAACUUCUGGGACUUCUUCACUGGGAAAGGGUCAGGCUCUGAGACAGUGGUAUGAUACAGAGCCGGAACAAGAGGAGGAAAAGAGUGUUUGUGAAUGUGUUUAACUUGAUGUCAGAGGUCAGAAAAGUGUCCAGUUCCUGUUACAGUACAUUUACAGAGACGUCUGAUUUAACAAUCAAAAGUUAAGUGUUCUUCUAGGACUAGAAACAUUUGCAAAAUUACAACUCUGCAGCAUUUACAUGCUUGUAGCAUCGUCCUAAAUUUUCUACUUGAUUUUAGGGGAACAUCCUGUUGCAGAUUUUGGAAGUUGGAAAUUCCCACUUUUUUGCACCUCUGGAAUGCAGCUUGUGUAUGAAUGUGUAGGGACACAGAAAGCAACAGAGAAAAACAACAAAUGAAGGAGAAGUCAUAAUUGUAAGAUAAUUUGGAUUGAUAUCUGGACUGCGACAGACGUGAAGACAAAGAGACUACAUAAAUCUGAGAUUAUCUGGAAAGUGAUGCAGUAAUAAUUGCUAUGUAUGUAAUGUGUUCAUGUAUACAUUAUUUUACAUACCAUAGCCCUCUUCUUUACUACCUAGAACUGCCAAAGUGUAGCUAGCUGCAUGAGCUCUGUUAACUCUUCACCUACAGUGAUACCCUACCAGACUCCCUUUGGUUUUCACUAUUUUUGAGUAACCUCCAUUAAGCUACAUUGACUUUAAAUGUAAUCUACAGUUCAGCUAUCCCACAUUUAACUAGAAUAAAUGCAAGAUUUAAAAGCAUCUAUUGACAUCAUGGCAAAAUGUACUAUAUGAGAGACAUAAGUUGACUUGAAUAGGUGUGUUAUAUGUAAGUAUUUUAAGCAUUUUAAGUACUUUAGAGAGACGGAGUAAAAAAUCUUGAGUUUAGUGUGGAGUUUUGAGCAAAGAUCCAGUCCUUUCAGGCAUCUGGAACUCUUAUUAAGUCCAGAUUACAGGAAUAUCAUCCACUGUGGGAUGUCAGCUUUCAGGAGUAUUACCGACCUUUCACAACAUGGUGUACAAGACAAUAGUGAGACCAGCUAUGCUGUAUGGGUUAGAUUCUGUAGCAGUGAGGAAAAGACAAGAGGCAGAGAUGGA